AGAUGAGGAAAUCACCAUUGCAUCCUUCUACUUAAAUGCCCUACUUUAAUGAUAUAAUACCACUGUAGCUUGAACGUUUUACAUUUUCUGUCAAUUUCACCCGAAAGCCAGAUAUCCCUAACUUUUUGUGAGUAGUGUAUGUUCCUGAUGUGUGUAUUCAUCCAGGCUCUCAGUUCCUGGGCUGUCCUGCUUUUUUUCGUCAUAUUGCUCUGUGAUUAGCAGCACAUGUUUUCACUUGCAGACCACAUUCUUUUUCCACUGGGGAGGAAACCGGAGGGUAGUUCCUGACUGUGACUGUUCACUGGUGCCCAGACUGCUAACACAAGACUCAAAGUUGUACGCAAAAAGAGGUACUUCUCUUUCCAUUCUUGAAUAAAGUAGAUUUUAUGUUUCCGACUGGAUUUUUCCUAGUUUUUCCUGAGAUGUUAUUGCACUGGAUGAUGUUAUUGGAUUACAAAGGCUGACUCACAAGCCCCGCCUCAGGACACUGCCAGAGCCCUGACAUUGCUGAAGGCAAACUCACAGCUCUUCAGUGUUAUUCUCAGUGAGACUGGACAUCCCGACAUGGCUGCUGCUGCACUCAUCACAGAGAACUUUAAGUUUGUGUCACUCUUCUUCAAGAGUAAAGAUGUGAUGAUCUUUAAUGGGCUGAUCGCUCUGGGCACUGUGGCCAGCCAGACUGCAUACAAUGUUUUUGCUUUUGAAUGCCCAUGUUCCUCUGGGAGGAACCACCGCUAUGGCCUGGCUGCCAUUGGUGUUCCAGCACUGGUAUUUUUCCUCGUAGGAAUAAUGAUGACCAGGAGCACCUGGGACCUGGUGUCUGAGUGUCGGCUCAGAAAGUGCCGGAAAUUGUCGGGAGCCGCAGCCUUUGCGGUGCUGGGAACAAUCAUCGGUCGAAGUGUGGUGGCUCCACUAACCUGGUCAGUUAUCUCUUUGCUGCAGGGCCAGGCGUACACGUGUGCCCUCAGUGAGUUUGUUGACCCGAGUACAGUGGAGGGCUUUCCCUCAGAUCAGGGGCCAGAGGUAAUGGCGAAAUUCCCGUGUCGAGAAAGUGUUCCAAAAGAGCUGCAAGGCUUCUGGGAUGAAAUUAACCGAAGACUGAAAUAUGAAUCUCAGCUGAUAGGCUGGCUACUGGUGGCAGGAAUAUGUCUGAUGGUGUUCCUGAUGCUGUGUAUGAAGCGCUGCUCAUCUCCCCUUGGCUACCUGCAGGAGGACUACUGGUCCCAGUACCGCUCUAAUGAAAAUGCCCUCUUCCAAAACACGGCAGCCGUCCAUGCCCGCCUCCUGGCUGCAGAGAAUGUUAAGAGCUUCUUUGGCUUUGUGGCAGGCACUGAGGAAGAUAAAGCGCAACUGGCUGAGCACCAGAAGGCUAGUCCUAUCUGCAGCACUAACUGGAACAGAGUGACUGGUGUCUACCUCUACAGGGAGAAGCAUGGACUGCCUCUGUACAGCAGGCUCAAUAAAUGGUCCACAUACAGCCUGGAGAAUAACGAGGAGGCCAUGGAGAAAGAGAUGGACAUGCUCAGCUGACAAUAUUCUUCUGGAAGAUGAUCCAGUGACUGCAACCAUAAUGCUUCAGUAUGCUUCAAACUGAGUGCUUGUUCGAUCAUCAAAUAGCCACCAAUACAACCCCAUCCCUCCAAAAUCUUACAAUCACGAACACUAUUUCCAUCUUCAGACUCGUUUGGACGAUACUUCAUAAGACCCAGUUUGAAGCAUACGGAACCCUUUAUUUAUCAAUACAAAAGCAGCAAAAGAAAGGUCAAGCAGCACAGAACUAGAGUCCAGCGGAAGAGCAGAUAAAGGACAACAGGGUGUAAUUGAUGUGUUAGCGGGAGCUUACCAUCAGUAGUUUAAGGUGCUCUAAGCGAUGUCACGCGUUUUUUAGGCUCCAACAUUUUUUUGUCACAUACAGCAAACAUCUCCUCACUAUCCGCGAGCUGCCUGUCCCCUGAACACACUGUGAAAAAGCGCAGUCUCUGUAGCCAGCCCCUGCUCCACAAACGGCAAAAAGAAUUGUGCCGACCUGCACCACGAAACAUAACAAACAGUGUUCCAGCGUUCCAGCCAA